UGGAAUUGCACCAACAUGGCAGACAGUGAGAAACCCACAUGGUCUGAGGAAGAUGAAGGCAUGGAAGGUUCAGGCAGUGAUGAAGAAGAAGACGAUGAUGAUGAUGAAAUCAUGGAGGAAAAUGAAGAAGAGGAAAAGGAGAAAGACUCCCAAAGAGUGUAUUUGCCCGGCGUGGCAGCCUUGCAGGAGGGAGAGCAGCUUGUGAUGGACGAGGACGCCUAUGUGCUCUAUCACCAGGCACAGACAGGUGCUCCUUGUUUGAGUUUUGAUGUGAUUUUAGAUAGUUUGGGGGAGAACCGUUCAGAAUAUCCUUUGACCAUGUAUCUUUGUGCCGGAACUCAGGCAGACUCUGCACAAGCCAACAGAAUGCUAGUAAUGAAGAUGCACAACUUGCAUCGAACAAGUAAAGAGAAGAAUGAAGAUUCUGAAUCAGAAAGUAGUGAUAGUGAGGAGGAAGAAGAUGAAGAAGAAAAAAAGCCCCGAUUGGAACUGGCAAUGGUACCACAUUAUGGUGGUAUAAACCGGAUCCGAGUUGCUUCUCUUGGUGAUACACAAGUGGCUGCUGUCUGGUCAGAAAAGGGUCAAGUUGAGAUUUAUGAUCUACAGAAACAAAUUGCAGCAGUGGCAGACUCUCAGAGACUUGCUGCUUUUCUGAAAGAGGAGCAGUCCAAAAUCAAACCAAUGUUUUCAUUUUCUGGGCACAUGACUGAGGGCUUUGCGAUGUCCUGGUCACCAAAGACUCCAGGACGUUUGAUUACUGGUGACUGCAACAAGAACAUUCACAUGUGGAAUCCAGUUGAAGGAGGAACAUGGCAUGUUGAUCAGAGGCCUUUCACAGGUCACACCAAGUCUGUUGAGGAUCUGCAAUGGUCACCCACCGAAGCCACGGUUUUCGCCUCCUGUUCAGUUGAUGCCUCUAUUCGUAUUUGGGACGUUCGAGCUGCUCCCAAUAAGGCAUGCAUGUUAACAGCCAACCAAGCUCACGACAGUGAUGUUAACGUGAUCAGCUGGAACCACCAGGAACCAUUUAUCGUUAGUGGUGGGGAUGAUGGCGUUCUCAAAAUUUGGGACCUGCGGCAGUUUCAAAAGGGAGUCAGCGUGGCAAAAUUUAAACAGCACACAGCUCCCAUCACGUCGGUUGAGUGGCACCCCACAGACAGCGGUGUGUUUGCUGCAGCAGGUGCUGAUGACCAGAUAACUCAGUGGGAUCUUGCUGUGGAAAGAGAUCAAGACCAAGAAGGUGAAACAGAGGAUCCUACCUUGGCAACCAUUCCUGCACAGCUAUUAUUUGUCCAUCAAGGAGAAAAAGACAUUAAGGAACUACACUGGCAUCCACAAUGCCCAGGGAUAGUCAUUAGUACAGCCCUUUCUGGCUUUAAUGUCUUCCGUACGAUCAGUGUGUGAAAAUAGCCUUUGUGCUCUAUCUAAUUUGUGCACAUACUAGGUUUUUCCUGGCGUGGUUAAGCUGCCUAUAUGGUAAUUGUAUGUAUGUCUUAAAUUGUAUUCUGGCUGAGGUCACCUUAUUUAUGGACAUCCCUCAACUUCCACCAUACAUGAUUAAGCAGGCUUUGAGCUGCAAGUUAGUCUCUCCUACAGUGUGAUUCUAAGAGGACUGAAGAUAUGAAAACUGCACUGUUGGUAAAGGCUAAUUGAAUGAUAAUUAGUGCUCUUCUGAAUUGGGGCAGGAUCUGUUAAGACAUUACAAACACUUGGAAGGCACCUAUUAGCCCUAUUCAUUAACCUGUCAUUAAACACUGGCCCCUGGGUAUGACCGCAACAAUCUGAAAUAUCUGUAUCUAAACAUUUUAAAAUGUUUGCAGUUCUCCAAUGCUAAGGUAUUCUAAGCUGCUCUUAUAAUUAUGAUUAACCUCUUGGAAUUCAAAUUAACACUUUUAAGUGUUAGGUUAUAACUAAUUCUUAGUAUAUUAUAUUUUUCUAAAACGGACAUUGUGGAUUUAGGAAACCUAAAGGUCAGUCACUGACUUUUUUUCAAUCAGGAGCAAGCUUUACUUGUACAAUGUGUAUGGGUUGUGAGAAAAACAAAAAGGAUGGUGUCAAAAAGUGGAUUUUUAAAGCAAAAACUUAAGUGAGAAUUCAAGGUGAAUUUUAAAUUUAAGGUAAAAGUAGCUACGUUGGAAGCAUAGUGGACUUAACUCUGCAAUAUAAAAAAUUGCAGCUUGAAAACUAAAGGACUACUGCAGUUACUUAAUUGAGAGUGGCCCUUUAAAGAAUGUAUCCAAUACAGUAAGGCUGUUUACCUUAACCCCUUAAGGACACAUGACAUGUGUGACAUGUCAUGAUUCCCUUUUAUUCCAGAAGUUUGGUCCUUAAGGGGUUAAAUUUAAAAUUCACUUUGAAUUCUCACUUUAGUAAAUAACCCUGAAAGACUUUCAGAGUUUUUCACUAAAGUGAAAAGCAAGGCAAAUUUAAGGCCACAUUAGGCAAACUGGAAGCCUAUCAUAUGUGGGGAAUUUCUCCAUUUCCAUUAAAUGGUCUUAAAUUUUAUAUACACUUUAAAUUUGCUUUGAAUUCUCAUAUUGUGAAUAUCGGUUUAUUACACUUUCAGGAAUCUGAUACUUCUAUUUUAAAUAAAAAAAUGUGAAUCUGUUUGGCAG